AUGCCACGAGCAAUCAGGGGUGUUCUUGUGGAAUGUGACCCUUCCAUCAAAUCUAUCAUUAUGAAGAUAGACAGCGAGGACCAUGCUUUCGUGGUAGAGGACCUUGAUGAUGGGACGCUGGUCAUUAAAGAGAACAUGUUAUCGAUAUUGAAGAUGAGACUCGAUGAGGCCCUUAAAGAGACACAACAACCACCGAGUGAUUCGGGUUCUGAUUAG